AUGAAGGUCAAGAAGAAAGGCGGUGUGUACCCUCCUCUAUCCUCACCUUCCUCUCCAGUUUGUUAUAGAGAUCCUAACUCUGUGUUGAAGGUUCUCCCGGUAGCAAUUCUAACUCUAGCUCUAGCUCUCCCACCACAAGACCAAGAAGUCUUGGCUUACAUGAUAACAAGGUCCAUUAUUUCCACCACAAAUCCGUCUACCUUCAACCAUCAAUCCAAGAGCAAGUGCAAGAAAGGAAAAGCCCCUCUUUUUCAAUGUGGGUGCUUCGAUUGUUACACCAGGUUUUGGCACAGAUGGGAUUCUUCACCCAACAGGGACCUAAUUCAUCAAGUCAUUGAAGCCUUUGAGGACCAUUUGCUGCAAGAUGAGGUCUCCAAGAAACACUGUAAAGCAGCCAGGAAGAAAGACAAGGAAAUCUUGAGCAUCUAUGAAUCCAAUGUGGUAACUGUUAAUGCAUUGCACAGAGAGCAGUCCCAAGACAGUGAAAUAUCGAUGGUUGAAAAUGAGGCCUUGGCGGAGGCUGAAAAUGGGGGUGGGCCGGGUGGCAGUGAACAUGAAGGAGAAGGGAAUGUGGGUGAUGAGGUGACUGGAAACCUGGAAAUGGGGGUGGUGACUGUAGCAACUGGAGUUAGCCACAAGGGUUUGGCCAGGAAGGUUUUACCGGACGUGGUGGGCUUAUUCAACUCUCGUUUGUGGAGCCUCUGGGGUCCGAGUAUCUAG